CCCCCCAUCCCGGCCCCAGUGUCUCUUCAUUUGCACUCUUACCGCAAUAAACAUUUCGAUAACUCCUGCAGUAUCCUCACUCCCAUUCAAACCAUUGCGAAAUCUUUACACACCCACGCCUAUACAAGGGAUCACUAUGCGAUCCACCUCUGCCGUACUCUUCCUGGCUGCUGCCAUCCUGGCACAGACAGCUGUUGCUGCUCCUGCUAUGGAGCGAGCUUCGCUGGACAUGGCCGAUAUCUGCCCCACCUGGUCCUCUACCUGCACAACAUACUGUGCCUCCUCCUCUUCUGGCUCUACUGCCGUCUCCACUUGCUCUCUUUCCAGCACCAAGCUCGGCUCGAUCUCUUGCAAGUGUGGAUCGAAGAGCGUCACAUCUGCAGUCUUGGCCACCUACCUGUCCGUCACCCCCACUGACGGAACCAAGACUCAGAGCGCCGCUCAAGACGCUACUGCUGUCGCUGCCGCGGCCGCCAGCAAGACUGCCUCCACCACUGUCAUGGCAGAUGCUGCCACUAUGAUCAGCGCUAACGACAUUAUGGGAAGUGCCGCAACCUCGACCACCUCGUCCCAUGCUGCCGCCGCCUCCGGAAACGUUGUAGCAUACGGAAGCCUGAUCGCCGCUAGCGACAUUAUGGGAAGUGGCUCAAGCUCGAGUGCCUCGGCUUCCUCCUCUUCUGCCGCCGCCAGCGUUGUGGCAUAUGGAGGUCAGAUCAAGGCGGGUGACGCCAUGGCAACUUCGUCCUCGUCCUCUUCGUCGGCCAAGGCGUCAUCGACCUCUGCUAAGUCGUCUUCCACCUCUGCCAAGUCGUCGUCGUCGGCAUCUUCUACCAAGGCUGCGUCGACCUCUACUAAGGCGUCUACCAAGUCGUCGUCGUCCUCCAAGGCUACCUCGACCUCUGUCAAGUCGUCCACCAAGUCGUCCACCAAGUCCUCUACCAAGUCGUCUUCGACCUCUACCAAGGCUUCUUCCACUUCCUCUGCCAAGGCCUCCUCGUCUUCCGCCUCGGCCAAGGGUCAGUCUUGGGAAAGUAGGACAGCUUUUGGUAACAAUCACCGUGGCCACCACGAUCGGAACUAAACAAACGAUCGAGGCACAUCCACAACCUAAUCAUUACUCUAGCUAUACUUAAGACCCUCUACAAACUUCUCGUUCCCGUUUCCGCCUCAAGAUCCAUUUUCGGUCCCCAACU